AUGGCGCACAUUUUCGACCUCGCCCCCGCCAUCAAGCGGUCCGGCUAUGCCUCUGGAAAGCUAGCCAGACCAUGCGAAGCAACCACCUUCCCAGACACAGAUGUCUUCCGUGGGAUGAACAAGCCCUCCCGCUUCGAGGGCGACGUCUUCGACCUCGAGGUCAGCGGCACUAUCCCCUCGGACAUCAAUGGGACCUUCUACCGCAUCCAGCCGGACCAUCGCUUUCCUCCCUUAUUUGAGGACGAUAUCCACUUCAAUGGCGACGGCUCCGUAACCGCUGUGCGCAUCGCCAAUGGGCAUGCCGACCUCAAACAGCGCUAUGUCCAGACGGACCGGUACAAGGCCGAGACAGCCGCACGGGGCAGUCUUUUUGGGCGGUACCGCAACCCAUGGACGGACAACGAGACAGUCAAGGGGGUGAUUCGCACGGCCAGCAACACCAAUAUCACUUUCUGGCGGGGCAUGCUGCUUGCUUCCAAGGAGGACGGCCCGCCGUUCGCCAUGGACCCUGUCACGCUCGAGACGCUGGGGCGGUAUGACUUUGAGGGCCAGGUGAAGACGCCUACGUUCACCGCGCAUCCCAAGUUCGACCCCGACACGGGCGAGAUGAUCUGUUUUGCGUACGAGGCCGGUGGGGAUGGGAACGAUGGGUCCUGCGAUGUGGUGGUGUGGACGAUCAACGCGGACGGGAAGAAGACGGAGGAGGCGUGGUAUAAGGCGCCGUUUGCGGGCAUGAUUCAUGAUAUGGGUGUGAGCAAGAACUACAUCGUGCUGCCGCUCACACCGUUGAAGGUGAACGUCGACAGGAUGAAGGGUGGUGGGGAGAAGUUUGCUUGGGAUCCAGACGAGGAUCAGUGGUAUGGCCUGGUGCCGAGACGGGGCGGGAAGAGUGAGGACAUCAUUUGGUUUCGUGCUGACAAUGCCUUCCAAGGCCAUGUCGCAGGCUGCUACGAGAACGAACAAGGAAAUGUCGUCGUGGACCUCACAGUAGCCGAUGGCAACGUCUUUUUCUGGUGGCCGCCAGACCCCGAACCAGAGGGAAACAUCCGCCAGCCUGGCAAGCUCAGAAGCCCGACGACGCGAUGGAUCCUGGACCCAAAGGCUAAGACCAACACACGCGUGACCCCGGCCUUCACCUGGCCCACCAAUGGCGAAUUCAGCCGCAUCGAUGACCGCUGGGUGACCAAGAAAUACAAACACUUCUGGCUCGCCAAGGUUGAUCCCACGCGUCCCUAUGACUUUCCCAAGUGCGGUCCUCCUGCCGGCGGGCUGUUCAACUGUCUAGGCCAUUAUACCUGGAAUCCCGAUGAACCACUUGCAGAGGGCAAAGAGGAUGUCUUCUUCGCUGGGCCGACGGUUACUUUUCAGGAGCCCUCCUUUAUUCCCAAGGACGGCAGCAGCGAAGAGGGAGAGGGCUACCUUAUCGCUCUGAUGAACCACCUGGAUGUGCUGAGGAACGACGUGGCCAUCUUUGACGCGCAGAACCUGGCGCAGGGCCCACUCGCGGUGCUGCAUCUGCCGCUGAAGCUGAAGCUUGGUCUGCAUGGUAACUUUGUCGACCACCGCGACAUCGAGGCGUGGCAGAGGCAGAGGGAUGCUGAGACGGGUCAGGUCGGCCCGGUCAAGAUUGCUACGGAGCCGUUGCCCUGGCAGAAGGAUCGUGCCAGUGCGGUGGUGAAUGGGGGCCAGCAAUGA